AUGCGCUUUCCAUGGGGGCUCUUAUGCUUCGGCCACUUCUCAGUGCAGCAGAGCACGGCAACCACGUUUUACUCGUUCACCACUCGAGAAGAACUGAGAGAUGCUCUUCGACGCUGGAACGACACAGAUGCCAAGCUUCAGCUGAGCUUGCGGUACGGCAGCCCGGUGCAAUGGAAUGUCUCAGCCAUCACCAACAUGAGCGCUCUGCUUCGAGACCUGGACUUCAAUGAAGACAUCAGCGGCUGGGACACUUCCAGCGUCAAAAACAUGAGCUUGAUGUUCUUAGGAGCUAGGUCCUUCAACGGGCCCAUAGGCUCCUGGAACGUUUCCGGUGUCAAAGAUAUGAGGGCCAUGUUCUUCAACGCUGCAGAGUUCAAUCAAGACAUAGGGUCAUGGGAUACAUCGGCAGUACAGGACAUGAGUUACAUGUUCCGCGGGGCCAAGUCUUUCAACAUGCCCAUUGGCUCUUGGAACGUUUCCGAUGUCACAAGUAUGCACGCCAUGUUCUUCAACGCUGCAGAGUUCAAUCAAGACAUAGGGUCAUGGGAUACAUCGGCAGUACAGGACAUGACUUACAUGUUCCACGGGGCCAAGUCUUUCAACAUGCCCAUUGGCUCUUGGAACGUUUCCGAUGUCACAAGUAUGCACGCCAUGUUCUACAACGCUACGGAGUUCAAUCAAGACAUUGGGUCAUGGGAUACAUCGGCAGUACAGGACAUGGGUUACAUGUUCUACAGCUCCGGGUCUUUCAACAUGCCCACUGGCUCUUGGAACGUGUCAGGUGUCAAGCGUAUGAAAGCCAUGUUCUUCAACGCUGCAGAGUUCAAUCAAGACAUUGGGUCAUGGGAUACAUCGGCAGUGUGGGAUAUGAGUUUCAUGUUCUAUGGAGCCAAGUCCUUCAACAUGCCCAUUGGCUCCUGGAACGUGUCAGGCGUCAAGCGUAUGAAAGCCAUGUUCCUCAACGCUGCGGAGUUCAAUCAAGACAUUGGGUCAUGGGAGGCAUCGGCAGUUCAGGACAUGAGUUACAUUUUCUUCGGGGCCAAGUCUUUCAACAUGCCCAUUGGCUCCUGGAACGUGUCAGGUGUCAUGCGUAUGAAAGCCAUGUUCGGCAACGCUGUGGAGUUCAAUCAAGACAUUGGGUCAUGGGAUACAUCGGCAGUACAGGACAUGAGUUACAUGUUCUACGGAGCCAAGUCCUUCAACAGGCCCAUCGGCUCAUGGGAUACAUCGUCAGUGCGGGACAUGAGUUUCAUGUUCUACCAAGCCAGGUCGUUUAACGUGGAGAUUGGCUCCUGGGACGUGUCCUUUGUCACAAAUACGUUCGCCAUGUUCGACAACGCUGUGGAGUUCAAUCGGGACAUUGGGUCAUGGGAUACAUCGGAGGUGUCGAACAUGAGUACAAUGUUUUACGGAGCCAGUGCUUUCAACAUGCCCAUUGGCUCUUGGAACGUGUCCAGUGUGACAGUUAUGAACGCCAUGUUCGCGGGCGCGAGUUCUUUUGAUCAGAGCCUUGGAAUGUGGGACACGUCUUCCGUGAAGGAGAUGGGCAGUAUGUUCGCUGCUGCCGGGGCAUUCAACCAAGCCUUGUCCAGCUGGAACUUUUCAGGACUUCAGCUCAACAUGAACCGGCCAAGGCCUUGGGAUGGUUCUGGCAUGACGGAGUGUGUGCAAAGUCGCACUUCACAGGCGCUGGGGUGCCCGAUCGAGCUGGAUUUCCAAGCUUGGCAAUUUUCAUUCCAGGCCUGUCCUGCCUGCCCUUGUCGCGACCCAACUCUCGCAUGUGUGCAUGGGAAAUGCUCUCCUUUGAACUCGGGUUACAUAGACCUGGGAAGAGACAGCUGGAUAGCGGAAGGGGCGUUUGGCACGGUUUCAGGGUUCCGAGCUUGCGCAUCAACGUGCAAGGAGUCUGAGAAUUGUUCGGCCUUCUUGCUAGAAGACUCUGGCCGCUGCUUGCUGUCUAGUAAGAUGCCUGGAAGAUCCCAGACGAAUGACCCUUUUCGGAGCCUGGCAUAUCUGAAGCCGUCCUGCCAGACCUUCUCUUGCCGCGCUGGUACGACACAGCGGUUGCAAGGUGCGUCACAGGCAUCGCCGGUGACUGAAGCAAGCUGCUGCAAGUGCUCAGAUCCUGCUAAGGUACCAAAGUCUGGCCACACUGGAGAUUUGGCUUGCCUCUCGUGUCCUGCUGGCACGGCACCUCGACAUGAGAUUUGCCAGGCGUGUGGUGCAGGUCGCUAUGCCAGAGCUGGGGACGAGAAAUGCCAGCUCUGUGCAGCAGGACAGGUGCCCAAUGCCAACCGCAGCAAAUGCGAAAGAUGCCCUCCCGGAGAAUAUUCAGAAUCGGGUGCCUGUAAGGUGUGCAAUUUUCCCUUCCUUUUGCAGGACGACACGUGCAAGUGGUUCCACUUGCCUUUGGCGGCUGCGGCUUUGCUGGUCCUGUGGGCUUUGCUUUGGGUUCUGCGUCGGAGACACAAGAAGCAGCAGCUCCUUGAGAACCAGAAGCGUGCGGAUCGGAUCUUGCAGCAGAUGGACGAAGCCCUUUGGGAUGAACAGGAGGACACGGUGCAAGAGUUUUGUGGGCAGCUCGUCAGUGUCGGAUGGACCGCAGAUGACGUUGGACAAGCGGCCAAGGAGGUACGCGCUCGCCACAGUCAGCACGCAGGCGUCAGCCUGGUCUACUUGCUUCAAGAUUUCGUUGAGCUGGCGCAGGAGAAGUCGCGAGAAGUGGAUCCAACCUUCCUCGAGUUGAAAGACGUUUUCUGGUGCAGGGACCACAAGCUCGGCCAAGACGUCCGCUGCCCAAGGGAUGGCAAGUUGGGCUGCGCCCUGGUGGACAUGCUUCCCACGCAGCAUCGACAGAAGCAGAACCACUUCAUGUCCUGGAGUUGGCAGUACUCGCUGUGGCAGCUGCGAAGCGCGUUGCAGAUGUGGAAGGUGCAGGCUCCGCCGAGUGAUGUCUUUUUCUAUAUGUGCUUCUUCGUGAACAAUCAGUUUCGCUUGAUAGUGGAUGGAAGUCCUGCGGGCAGCGACAACUUGGAGGAGGUCUUCGAGGAAAACCUGCGGCGCAGUGGCAAAGUGGUGGCCAUCCUGGACACAUGGCACCAGCCCACGUACUUACGAAGAGUUUGGACGAUCUACGAGCAGUAUGUCGCCUGCACCAUGCAGAUGGAGGUGACGUUUGUGAUGCCUUACGAGGCCACGAGGUCUCUGUCGCAGAAGCUGUCGCUUGGGGAUGCCGGCAUCGCCGAAGUGACCCAAUCCCUUUGCGAGGUUGACGUUGCCGAAGCCGAAGCCUACGACCCGCGAGAUGAGGUGAAGGUCAAGAAGACGAUCGAACGAAGCGUCGGCUACGACCGUGUGAAUGAACACGUGAGAUGUGCCAUGGUGCAUUGGAUCAGCAGCGUGGUCCGAGACAAAUUUCAAGACUUGGUGAAUGAGUCGUCCAAAAGAGCCGCUGUUUUCUGCGACGGCUGGAGGGAUGCUCUUGUGCGCUGGAACGACGCAGAUGCCAAGCUUCAGCUGAGCUUGCGGUAUGGCAGCCCGGAGCAAUGGAACGUCUCAGCCAUCACCAACAUGAGCGCUCUGCUUCGAGACCUGGACUUCAAUGAAGACAUCAGUGCCUGGGAUACUUCCAGCGUCAAAGACAUGAGCUUCAUGUUCUACGGGGCCAGGUCGUUCAACAGGCCCAUCGGCUCUUGGAACGUGUCUGCUGUCCAAGAUAUGAAGGCCAUGUUCUACAACGCUGCGGAGUUCAAUCAAGACAUUGGGUCCUGGGAUACAUCUGCAGCACAGGACAUGAGACACAUGUUCUUCGGAGCCAAGUCGUUUAACAAACCCAUUGGCUCUUGGAAUGUUUCCGGCGUCAAAUACAUGAAGUCCAUGUUCUACAACGAUGCGGAGUUCAACCAAGACAUAGGGUCAUGGGACACAUCCGCAGUACAGGACAUGAGUUACAUGUUCUUCGGAGCCACGUCGUUUAACGAGCCCAUUGGCUCUUGGAACGUGUCCAACGUCAAAGACAUGGAGUACAUGUUCUACCACGCUGCGGACUUCAAUCAAGACAUUGGGUCAUGGGAUACAUCCGCAGCGGGGAACAUGACACACAUGUUCUGCGGAGCCACGUCGUUUGACCAGCCCAUUGGCUCCUGGAACGUGUCCGGCGUCAAAGAUACGCAGUCCAUGUUCUACAACGCUGCGGAGUUCAAUCAAGACGUUGGGUCAUGGGAUACAUCGGCAGUGCGCGAUAUGAGCUACAUGUUCUACGGGUCCCAUUCUUUCAACACGCCCAUUGGCUCCUGGAACGUGUCCUGCGUCAAAGAUAUGAAGUCCAUGUUCUACCACGCUGCGGACUUCAAUCAAGACAUUGGGUCCUGGGAUACAUCUGCAGCCCAGGACAUGAGACACAUGUUCUUCGGAGCCAAGUCGUUUAACAGGCCCAUUGGCUCCUGGAACGUGUCUUGCGUCAAAGAUAUGAAGUCCAUGUUUUACAACGCUGCGGAGUUCAAUCAAGACCUUGGGUCAUGGGAUACAUCAGCAGUGCGGGAUAUGAGCUACAUGUUCUUCGGAGCCACGUCGUUUAACGAGCCCAUUGGCUCUUGGAACGUGUCCAACGCCAAAGAUAUGGAGUACAUGUUCUACCACGCUGCGGACUUCAAUCAAGACAUUGGGUCAUGGGAUACAUCCGCAGCGGGGAACAUGACACACAUGUUCUGCGGAGCCACGUCGUUUGACCAGCCCAUUGGCUCCUGGAACGUGUCCGGCGUCAAAGAUACGCAGUCCAUGUUCUACAACGCUGCGGAGUUCAAUCAAGACGUUGGGUCAUGGGAUACAUCGGCAGUGCGCGAUAUGAGCUACAUGUUCUACGGGUCCCAUUCUUUCAACACGCCCAUUGGCUCCUGGAACGUGUCCUGCGUCAAAGAUAUGAAGUCCAUGUUCUACCACGCUGCGGACUUCAAUCAAGACAUUGGGUCCUGGGAUACAUCUGCAGCCCAGGACAUGAGACACAUGUUCUUCGGAGCCAAGUCGUUUAACAGGCCCAUUGGCUCCUGGAACGUGUCUUGCGUCAAAGAUAUGAAGUCCAUGUUUUACAACGCUGCGGAGUUCAAUCAAGACCUUGGGUCAUGGGAUACAUCGGCAGUGCGGGAUAUGAGCUACAUGUUCUACGGGUCCCAUUCUUUCAAACUGCCCAUUGGCUCCUGGAACGUGUCCGGCGUCAAAGAUAUGGAGCACAUGUUUUACAACGCUGCGGAGUUCAAUCAAGACAUUGGGUCAUGGGACACAUCGGCAGUGCGGGACAUGAGUUGUAUGUUCUACGGGUCCCAGUCUUUCAACAUGCCCAUUGGCUCCUGGAACGUGUCCGGUGUCAAAGAUAUGAAGGCCAUGUUCUACAACGCUGCGGAGUUCAAUCAAGACAUUGGUUCAUGGGAUACAUCGGCAGUGCGGAACAUGAGUUUCAUGUUCCUCGGGGCCAGUUCAUUCAACAGGCCCAUUGGCUCCUGGAACGUGUCCGGCGUCAAUGAUAUGAAGUCCAUGUUCUACAUUGCUGAGGAGUUCAAUCAAGACAUUGGGUCCUGGGAUACAUCUGCAGCCCAGGACAUGAGACACAUGUUCUUCGGAGCCAAGUCGUUUAACAAGCCCAUUGGCUCCUGGAACGUGUCUUGCGUCAAAGAUAUGAAGUCCAUGUUUUACAACGCUGCGGAGUUCAAUCAAGACCUUGGGUCAUGGGAUACAUCGGCAGUGCGGGAUAUGAGCUACAUGUUCUACGGGUCCCAUUCUUUCAAACUGCCCAUUGGCUCCUGGAACGUGUCCGGCGUCAAAGAUAUGGAGCACAUGUUUUACAACGCUGCGGAGUUCAAUCAAGACAUUGGGUCAUGGGACACAUCGGCAGUGCGGGACAUGAGUUGUAUGUUCUACGGGUCCCAGUCUUUCAACAUGCCCAUUGGCUCCUGGAACGUGUCCGGUGUCAAAGAUAUGAAGGCCAUGUUCUACAACGCUGCGGAGUUCAAUCAAGACAUUGGUUCAUGGGAUACAUCGGCAGUGCGGAACAUGAGUUUCAUGUUCCUCGGGGCCAGUUCAUUCAACAGGCCCAUUGGCUCCUGGAACGUGUCCGGCGUCAAUGAUAUGAAGUCCAUGUUCUACAACGCGGCGGUGUUCAAUCGAGACAUUAGGGCAUGGGAUACAUCGGCAGUGCGGAAUAUGAGUUACAUGUUCUACGGGUCCCAUUCUUUCAACAUGCCCAUUGGCUCCUGGAACGUGUCUGGCGUCAAAGAUAUGAAGGCCAUGUUCUGCAAUGCUGAGGAGUUCAAUCAAGACAUUGGGUCAUGGGAUACAUCGGCAGUGCGGGAUAUGAGUUACAUGUUCUACGGGUCCCAGUCUUUCAACAUGCCCAUUGGCUCCUGGAACGUGUCCGGCGUCAAGGAUAUGAAGUCCAUGUUCUACAAUGCUGAGGCGUUCAAUCAAGACAUUGGGUCAUGGGAUACAUCCGCAGCGGGGAACAUGAGUCGCAUGUUCUUCGGGGCCAGGUCGUUUAACACGCGCAUUGGCUCUUGGAACGUGUCCGGCGUCAAAGAUAUGAAGUCCAUGUUCUACAUUGCUGAGGAGUUCAAUCAAGACAUUGGGUCAUGGGAUACAUCUGCAGCGGGGAACAUGAGACACAUGUUCUUCGGAGCCAGGUCGUUUAACAAGCCCAUUGGCUCUUGGAAUGUGUCAGGCGUCAAAGAUAUGAAGGCCAUGUUCUACAAUGCGGAGGAGUUCAAUCAAGACAUUGGGUCAUGGGAUACAUCCGCAGUACAGGACAUGAGCUACAUGUUCUACGGGGCCCAGUCUUUCAACAUGCCCAUUGGCUCCUGGAACGUGUCAGUCGUCACAAAUAUGCACAAGAUGUUCAUGGGAGCAAGCUCGUUUGAUCAUGGUCUUGGCUUUUGGGACACGUCGUCUGUCAAGGACAUGGACAGUAUGUUUGCUGCUGCCAUGAGAUUCAACCGACCUUUGUCCAGCUGGAACCUUUCAGGAUUGCAGAACUGGAACCACAUGACGAGGCCUUGGGAUGGUUCUGGCAUGACGAAGUGUGUGCAAGGUCGCACUUCACAGGCACUGGGGUGCCCGAUCGAGCUGGAUUUCCAAGCUUGGUCUUUUGCUUUCGAAGCCUGUGCUGCCUGUCCUUGCCUCGACCCAAGUCUCGCAUGCGUGCAUGAGAAAUGCUCUCCUCUGAACUCGGGUUUCAUAGAUCUGGGAAAGGACGGCUGGAUAGCGGAAGGGGCCUUUUUCUCAGCUUCCGGGUUCCCAGAUUGUGUAUCAAUGUGCACGGCGUCUGAGAAUUGUUCGGCCUUCUUGCUUGAAGAUUCUGGCCGCUGCUCGCUGCAUAGUAAGAUGCCUGGAAGAUCCCAGAAGCAUGACGCUGUUCGGAGCCUGGCAUAUCUGAAGCCGUCCUGCCAGACAUUCUCUUGCCGCGAUGGCACGACACGGCGGAUGCAAGGUGCAUCGUUGGCAUCACCGGUGACGGAAGCAAGUUGCUGCAAGUGCUCAGACCCGGCUUCGAUACCAAAGGCUGGCCCCACUGGAGAUCUGGCUUGCAUCUCGUGUCCCGAUGGCACCGAACCUCGAGACGAAACUUGUCAGAUGUGUGGCGCAGGUCGCUAUGCCAAAGCUGGGGACGAGAGAUGCAACCUCUGUGCCCCAGGACAGGAAGCGGGUACCUGCAAGGCUUGCAACUUUCCGUUCUUCUUGCAGGACAACACCUGCAUCUCCAAGCUUCUUAGGCCCGAGCUCCAAGGCCUCUACUACGCGGGCACGCGCAGGUGGUUCUACUUUCCUUCGUUCCAGUUGCCUUUAGCGGCCGCGGGUUUGCUGGUCCUGGGGACUUUGCUUUGGGUUCUACAUCGGAGACACAAGAAAAAGAAGCUCUUCGAGAACCAAAAGCGUGGGGAUCGGAUGCAAAAGCUGCUGCAGCACAUGGACGAAGCCCUCUGGGAUGAACAGGAGGACACGGUCCAAGAGUUUUCUGUUCAGCUUGGCAGCCUCGGAUGGAGCCCAAAUGACGUUGAACAAGAGGCCAAGGAGAUACGCGCUCGCCACAGUCAGCACGCAGGUGUCAGCCUGGCCUACCUGCUCCAAGAGUUCGUGCAGCUGGCGCAGGAGAAGUCGCGAGAAGUGGAUCCAACCUUCCUCGAGUUGAAGGACCUUUUCUGGUGCAGGGACCACAAGCUCGGCCAGGACGUCCGCUGCCCAAGGGAUGGCAAGUUGGGCUGCGCCCUGGUGGACAUGCUUCCCCCGCAGCAUCGACAGAAGCAGAACCACUUUCUGUCUUGGAGUUGGCAGUAUUCACUGUGGCAGUUGCGACUCGGCCACAGGGAUUUCGAGGCGAAGUGCCUUGCAGAUGUGGAAGGUCCAGGCUUCUUCGUGAACAAUCAAUUUCGCUUGAUAGUGGAUGGAACUCCUGCGGGCAGCGACAACUUGGAGGAGGUUUUUGAGGAAAACCUGCGUCGCAGUAGCAAAGUGGUGGCCAUCCUGGACACAUGGCACCAGCCCACAUAUUUACGAAGAGUUUGGACGAUCUACGAGCAGUAUGUCGCCUGCACCAUGCAGAUGGAGGUGACGUUUGUGAUGCCUUACGAGGCCACGCAGUCUCUGUCGCAGAAGCUGUCGCUUGGAGAUGCCGGCAUCGCCGAAGUGACCCAAUCCCUUUGCGAAGUUGACGUUGCCGAAUCCGAAGCCUUCGACCCGCGAGAUGAGGUGAAGGUCAAGGCGACGAUCGAACGAAGCGUCGGCUACGAGCGUGUGAAUGAACACGUGAGAAGUGCCAUGGUGCAUUGGAUCAGCAGCGUGGUCCGAGACAAAUUUCAAGACUUGGUGAAUGAGUCGUCCAAAAGAGACACGUUCAAUGUUUAG